AUGUCUCACAGCUGUGUACACAGCUGCAGAGUCAGGCUGCCGUACACAGCUGCAGAGUCAGGCUGCCGUACACAGCUGCAGAGUCAGGCUGCCGUACACAGCUGCAGAGUCAGGCUGCCAUACACAGCUGUGUACACAGCUGCAGAGUCAGGCUGCUGUGUACACAGCUGCAGCCAGGCUGUGUCUGUGACAUCUGUGGAGAAGUACCUGAGGACCAUAGGUGAGGCCACACCCCCUACUGCAGCGAGGACCAUAGGUGAGGCCACACCCCCUACUGCAGUACCUGAGGACCAUAGGUUGGCGAAAGACCUUCGAUCCUUCGAUGGUUAUUACCAGGACAAGACCAGACACAUCCUGGACAAUGUGCUGCAGUACCUGAGCGAGGACCAUAGAGGAGCAGAGAUCUUGUACUCAUUGGCUCUGGUCGAGUCACGCCGUUACCAUAGCAACCUCUUCCCUGGGGCGGAGCUGUUUGGUCACCUGACCUUUGGGAGGCGGAACUUAGGUCUGUUCCAGCAUCACGAUGCCGUGACGGGUACGGCCCGAGACGCAGUGGUGCGCGACUACGGAGAGAGGUGCUAA